AGGACAGCGCAGAAAAUGAGAGUCACUUGGUGGCAUGGUCGAAUUAAAAAUUACAACAACUAGAAAACAAAUGGCUGAUUCUCUACUACGCCACGCCACCGUAACUUGUCAGUUAUAUUGUAAUUAUGAUGAAGCUGAUAUGCGCAUUGCUUGUGUUGUUGGGUUCGUUGAAGAUUGGAAAUGGUGGGAUUACGAGCUCUUUUAUUAGGUCUCAAUGGCCGUCCAUUGAUAUUCCUCUUGAUAAUCAAGUUUUUGAUGUUCCCACUGGCUACAAUGCACCACAGCAGGUGCAUAUAACCCAAGGUGACUACGACGGUAAAGGCGUGAUUGUCUCAUGGGUGACACCAGAUGAACCCGGAUCCAACAAAGUGCAAUAUGGUGUUUCAGAGAAAGAUUAUGAUUUCACUGCCCAGGGCACAGUGAAAAACUAUUCCUUUUACCAAUAUAAGUCUGGCUACAUUCAUCAAUGUCUACUCAGGGAUCUUGAGUAUGACACCAAAUACUACUACAGGAUUGGGGACGGUGAUUCAUCUCGGCAAUUUUGGUUUCAAACUCCUCCAAUGAUUAGUCCAGAUACUCCUUAUAAAUUUGGAAUAAUUGGUGAUUUGGGGCAGACCUAUAAUUCCCUGUCUACGCUUGAGCAUUUUAUGCAGAGUAAAGCAGAGGCUGUCUUAUUUGUUGGGGAUCUUUCUUAUGCUGAUAGAUAUCAGUAUAAUGAUGUUGGUAUAAGGUGGGAUUCCUGGGGUCGUUUUGUUGAGAAAAGUACCGCAUAUACGCCAUGGAUGUGGUCUGCCGGAAAUCAUGAGAUAGAUUACAUGCCUUACAUGGGAGAAGUAACUCCUUUCAAAUCGUAUCUUCAUCGGUACCCUACCCCUUAUUUGGCCUCCAAAAGCAGCAGCCCGCUCUGGUAUGCCAUUAGACGUGCAUCUGCUCAUAUAAUAGUGCUAUCCUGCUAUUCUCCUUUUGUGAAAUACACACCUCAAUGGACUUGGCUCCAACAGGAACUCAAAAAUGUGAACCGGGAGCAGACACCCUGGCUUAUUGUUCUCAUGCAUGUCCCACUCUACAAUAGUAAUGAAGCACACUUUAUGGAAGGUGAAAGUAUGAGAGCAGUCUUUGAGAAAUGGUUCAUUCGUUACAAAGUUGACGUAAUCUUUGCUGGCCAUGUCCAUGCUUAUGAAAGAUCGUAUCGGAUCUCCAAUAUUCAUUACAAUGUAUCAAGUGGUGACCGUUUUCCAAUACCUGACAAAUAUGCUCCUGUUUACAUCACUGUUGGAGAUGGUGGAAAUCAAGAAGGUCUUGCUGGAAAGUUUAGAGAUCCACAGCCAGAUUAUUCUGCAUACAGAGAAGCGAGUUAUGGGCAUUCCACGUUGGAGAUAAAGAAUAGGACUCAUGCAUUCUACCAGUGGAAUCGAAACGACGAUGGUAAAAAAGUGGCAACUGAUGCAUUUGUAUUGCACAAUCAGUAUUGGGCAACCAAUCUGCGACGGAGAAAGCUGAAGAAGCAUCAUCUAGCGAGCAUUGACGGGCGGAUCGCCACUCAUUAAUACAAAUGUUAUAGUAGUGAGUGGCUUUCUUGUAUGGUCAAAUUGUUUAAAUUAGACAUAACCACUGAAUUUUAAAUAAGUGUGAUGACAGCAUACUUUGGUCCAACUAGGGUGUAACCACUAACCAGGUUGAUCUAACUCGAACUAUUUGAUAUUAAUUCAAAAAUGCUCAAAAUCGACUCGAUUGAUAUUGAGUCGAGUUUGAGCUCGAACUCUUAAAAUGAAA